UUCCUCUGAUCUCUAAGGAGGUGGUGUUAAGUUUGAAUUUGUCACAGUUUCACAGGAUGACUCUUAGUUGAAAUGUCACUGACGACUUGUGGUUUGGACUUUUUUUUUUUUCUUUUUAACUCCAGUCAGAAACAACUAGAAGCCAUUAAACAACUGCAAGAAGAUGCUGUCAACCAGGAAGGCAUCCUUGGGAAGAGACUCCAAGAAGCCAGCCAAUGGCUGGAGGAUGCGAAGGAGCAGGUAGGGUGGCUCAUGGCUACAUUAGAUUCAGGGGACAUCUCCUUAGAUGCCCUGCAAACCAUGAAAUAAAAAUGGAGGAGGAACAACAACAACAAACAAAAAAGAAAGCAAAGAGGAACUGCAAGUUCAGUCCCUAGCGACUAACAGUGAGCAGAGGAAGUAAAGGGUGAGUUGUGAGAGAGGCGGUGUCAACAGCCUGCUGAUGAAAGAGGCGACUCUGCAGAAAGAGGCAACUUGACAUAUCAGGACUUCAACCGCUGUAGAAAUAGCUCAGGCAUACCAAGCCCAUGCAAACACAGAAUUGCAGAAGUUCAGGGGAGGCUUAUCACUUCCCUGAGAAGAAAAACACAUUUUCAGUUUCGCCUGCAUCACAAGAGUGAGCACUCCAUUGCUUUCUUUCCUGGCCACACUGCUACAACCCAGUACUAACUGUUCAUAUCCAGGGCAAGGAUCGAGAUCGAGAAGCCCACUCUGCCAGUGAAAAAGCUACGUCUUUACUGCAUAAAUUAGAGGAAGCAAUUUCGGAACAACGGAAACUUCAAACUAUAAAUACUGAAUUAUCAAACACUUGCCAGGCACUUCAGCAGAAGACAAGGAAACUGAAGACAACAAUUGAGUCACUUCAAAAGACGUUAAUUGAAGGGGAACACCAUGGCUUGCUGUUUCAGAGCUUUUUAGAUGAGGAAUUUCCUCACUAUGAUUCCCUGUCCUGCACAGAUGCAAUUCAACAACCUCUUCAAGAAAAAUUGAAGCAGCGUUGCCACAAACUAUAUGGUGGUCAAGAAGCAAGAAUACAUCAGACACCCCUGACCUUGAAACAUACGUGCUGGUACACACCUCUGCUGGAUGCCUUAUCUCUGGAUAGUUUUACAGCAGUUCCAACCCUGGAAUCAACACCUUUCUCAAGUGUAGCCAACCAAAUCCACGCUCUGUGUGAAAGGCCCACAUAUGGAGAAGUAAAGGACGGUGCUUUGGAUAUAACAAGACAACACAAGUGCCCAGGCCCCACAAGUGGCCCCAACCCAGGAACAAAUCUCUCAGGCUACAUCAGGAUGAAUGAUGACCCAAGCAUGGAAGAGAAUGGUGUUGAACGCGUGUGUUCUGAGAGCCUGCUGCAGUCCAGGGAAUAUUCCUCACUACCAUUACCCAGACACACUUCAUCGACAGAUAGUACUAUAACUUCAAGUGAUCCUGGAUUAGAAAUUCUGAAUAUGGCUUCUUGUGACCUUGACAGCAACUCACUCUGUAAGAAAGAGGAAGAUACAAGAACAGCUUCUCCCAUGACAGAGGCCCAAGACACGAAUCCAGCUCAUGACAAUACUGCAUUCCAAGACUCUGCGAGUAAGGAUAAAACCAUAUUAAAUCUGAAAGCCAAAGAGGAACCAGAAACAAUAGAAGAACAUAAAAAAGAACGUGCUUCAGGAGACUCUGUGGUUUCCCCUCUUCCUGUAACCACUGUGAAAUCGGUUAACUUUAGACAAAGUGAGAACACUUCUGCUAAUGAGAAGGAGGUGGAGGCAGAAUUUCUCAGAUUAUCUUUGGGAUUUAAGUGUGACUGGUUUACCUUGGAGAAGAGAGUGAAGCUUGAAGAGAGGUCCCGUGACUUGGCAGAAGAAAAUUUGAAGAAAGAAAUCACUAACUGUUUAAAACUAUUAGAGUCUUUAACAUCUCUGUGUGAAGAUGACAACCAGACACAGGAAAUCAUUAAGAAGCUGGAGAAGAGUAUAAAGUUUCUUAGCCAGUGCACAGCACGAGUGACCAGUAGGGCUGAGAUGUUGGGAGCCAUUAAUCAGGAAAGCCGGGUCAGUAAAGCAGUUGAAGUGAUGAUUCAGCAUGUAGAAAACUUGAAGAGGAUGUAUGCUAAAGAGCAUGCUGAAUUAGAAGAACUGAAACAGGUUCUUCUGCAGAAUGAAAGGUCUUUCAAUCCUCUUGAAGAUGAUGAUGACUGCCAAAUUAAAAAACGUUCAGCUUCUCUAAACUCCAAGCCACCUUCUCUUCGGAGAGUGACUAUUGCCUCUUUACCCAGAAAUAUUGGAAAUGCAGGAAUGAUGACUGGGAUGGAAAAUAAUGAUCGAUUCAGUAGGAGGUCAAGCAGUUGGCGUAUUUUGGGGUCAAAGCAGAGUGAACACCGUCCCUCAUUACCUCGAUUUAUUAGCACCUAUUCCUGGGCAGAUGCUGAAGAAGAAAAAUGUGAACUAAAAACUAAAGAUGACUCAGAGCAACCUGGAGAAGAAAUAGUAGAAAGGACAAGGAAGCCAAGUCUUUCUGAAAAGAAAAAUAAUCCAUCAAAGUGGGAUGUCUCUUCAGUUUAUGACACAAUAGCUUCCUGGGCAACAAAUCUCAAGUCCUCCAUCAGAAAGGCUAAUAAGGCCCUCUGGCUUUCUAUUGCAUUCAUUGUACUGUUUGCAGCUUUGAUGAGCUUCCUCACAGGCCGAUUUUUCCAGAAGUCUGUGGAUGCUGCUCCCACACAGCAAGAGGACUCAUGGACAUCUCUAGAACAUAUCUUGUGGCCAUUUACCAGACUCCGACACAAUGGGCCACCACCAGUGUGACAACAGGACAUCCUAAUAUAUAGAUCUUGAUUUUUAAGUUUCAGUAUCUGAACUUCGUAAAUUAGUAACUUUUAGCUGGGAAAGUAUAGCAUGAAACCAGAGGUUCUCAGAAUGACUGUUAAGACAGCUUACAUUUCCUCUUUUUGCCUUUAUCUCCCCAACUAAAAUACAACAGGGAAGAAGUCUGCCUAUGAUCUUUGAAUGAGCUUUUUAAGGAAGAAAUAUUAUAUAUUGUUUGUUAAAGUUUAUUGAAAUAAAGAAUCAUUUAAAUCUUCA